AUGCCAGUAGACUUCAGCACUGAUAUAACAGGUUCCUUCUGCCAGUUAGAUGUAUGUGGUCAAGCCUCCCUCAGUGACAGGAUUGUUGGAGGGGUGAAUGCGACGUCAGGGGCUUGGCCAUGGCAGGUCAGCAUUCAUGUCGGCUUUGGCCAUAACUGUGGCGGGACUCUCAUCACUAAAGACUGGGUUUUAUCUGCAGCUCGCUGCUUCCAGAAUUUCCUUUUCUUUAAAGCUGUGAUGUACUUUGGUCGCCUGAGCCAAUCUGGCACAAACCCUUAUGAGACGUCCAGGACAGCGAGUCAAAUCAUCAAGCAUCCUCUCUUUGACUAUCCAAAUCCUGACAAUGACAUAGCACUGGUCAAGCUCUCCUCCUCUGUGACUUUCUCUGAUUACAUUAGGCCAGUCUGUCUGGCAGCGGCUGGUAGUGUAUUUGCUGCAGGUACGGAGAGCUGGGUCACUGGAUGGGGCCUGCUGCAACCUGAAGGCCCACCCUCUAAUAUACUGCAGGAGGUGAUGAUACAAGUUGUGAGCAACAGUGAGUGUGCUAAUGUUUAUGAAGGGGUCACAAGCAUCACAAGCAAUAUGAUUUGUGCUGGACAGGAAGGGAAAAGUAUUUGUCCGGGAGACUCUGGAGGUCCAAUGCUCAGUAGGAAAGGCUCCUUAUGGAUUCAGUCUGGCAUCAUGAGUUUUUCUAGAAACCUGUGUAAUGACCUCAAAUAUCCCAGUGGGUUUACAAGAGUCUCUCAGUACCAGGACUGGAUCAAGUUGUACAUGGACAGCAACCCGCCUGGAUUUGUUGAAUUUAACACUGACAUUCAUCAUUCCUUUCACCUUCAACAACCAUCUUGCCUCUCAGAGAUUCUUUGA